AUUAUAACACAGUAUAAAAAUAACGAUGGUUAUCACUACUUUUUGUUUAGUUUCGUACAUCUUUGCCAUAACCUUGGUUGGCUGUUUGGGAAUAAUUAUUGCCAUUACGGCCUAUUUGUUUUAUCUUCACAAAAUCAACGAUCAUUUACCUGGACCGCCGCGUUCGAGUUUCAUAUGGGGUCAUCUGCCUGAACUUUGGAAAUACAAACAAGAAACUGGUAGAAUAACAAGCGAAUUUCUUCUUCAAAAGUUUCUCGAAUACGGCCCAUUAUUCGUAUUAUUCUUUUUUCAUAGGCCAAUUGUAUUCCUGGGGGACUCAAACUAUUUGCGACAUGUUUUUAUCAACAAUCAUAAGAACUUGCGUAAACCUUCGGCCUUAUAUCAUAAAAUAGGUUUUAUCUUUGGCGAGAGGGGUGCUGGUUAUGGACUAGUCGUGAAUACGGACGAAGCUUCAUGGCGCAAACGACGACAAAUUAUGAACCCAGCUUUUCAUCGGAAGUGCCUAAAAAAUUUCAUAAGCAACUUCAAUGAUGUUUGUAAUAGGUUUUUGACCCACAUUGACACAAUUGUGGAUGGUGGUAAGCCAACCAGUAUGGUUCAGGAAUUUGCAAAUGUUACAUUGGAAGUCAUCAGCCAAGUGUCAUUCAACAUUAAUACCCAUGCUAUUGAGGACCCAGAAUCACCAUUUCCGGAAGCAAUUCGGCACUACCUAAGAGGAGUGCAGGCCAAUGCAGAGAUUCCCCUCAACCCUACCAUACUGGCAAUAUUUCAGUUCAAACCAUUUCAAAAUGCUACCCAAAGAAAGCAAAUUGAAGUUGCAAAAUUUCUUAGAAAAUUUGCCUCUGAUUGUGUCACAACACGAAUGAAAGACAUUGCAAAUAACAGCAUAGUCCCUAAUGAUUUGUUAAGCAUUUUGAUUAAAGAUGGUAGUUUAUCACUGGAUGAAGUAAUUGAUGAGUUCUUAACCAUAUUCAUUGCUGGACAGGAAACAACAGCAAAUGCAUUGUCAUUUACCCUGUAUGAAAUCAUUAGAAAUCCACAUGUUGAAGCAAAGCUUCUUAAUGAGAUUAACAAAGUGUUGGAUGGGCGAGAUAAUGUUGAGUUUAAUGAUUUGGCCAAACUAACAUAUCUUGGUCAGGUUUUAGAUGAAGGUUUAAGAAAGUACCUGUAGCACAGCACCUUCAAGAAUGUGGUGAAGAUAUUACAGUUGG